CAACUGACUGUCAUUUGAAAUCAAAAUUGCAAGUAGGAGUAUCAAUAAAAAGAAAAACCUAGAAAAUCGUAUUCGCCCGAAUUAUUUCGCUUGUGAAAAUUUUUAUAUAGCUUCAUAAAUGGCUGCUCCGGCCACACGAAGAACAAUCGGCCAACUUUUUCAACAAGGUUGGAAUGAAAUUCCAGAAGUCAUGGCUUCCACUGGCCUUGCUAUCGUUGGUAUUGGCUUAGGAGUUUUGGGUGUUUAUAAUUACGAUAAGAGGGAUGGUGAUAACAAAAGAUACAAACAAGUUUAUGUGAUCAUGAGGCCCGACGACCCUAGAGUAGCGAAAAUACGGAAGGAUUAAAAUUGAACUGAACUAAAAUGUGAAAUUAGUUGCAAUUAUGUAAUAAACUUGGUUAUAUUGUGA